AUGGAAAACAAGCCGAGUGUCUUGACCGAUAAGUAUGAAGUCGGGAGGUUACUGGGUCAAGGAACUUUUGCCAAGGUGUAUUUUGGGAGGAGUGUUGAUACUAACCAGAGUGUUGCUAUCAAGAUGAUAGACAAGGAAAAAGUCAUGAAAGUUGGGCUUAUGGAGCAGAUCAAGCGAGAGAUCUCUGUCAUGAGGAUUGCUAAACACCCUCACGUGGUGGAGCUGUACGAGGUCAUGGCAACGAAAACAAGGAUCUACUUUGUUAUGGAGUAUUGUAAAGGCGGAGAGCUCUUCAACAAAGUUGCUAAAGGGAAGCUGAGAGAUGAUAUUGCUUGGAAGUACUUUUACCAGCUUAUCAACGCGGUUGAUUUCUGCCACAGCAGGCAAGUGUAUCAUCGUGACAUAAAGCCUGAGAAUCUGUUGCUGGAUGAUAAUGAGAAUCUCAAGGUCUCUGAUUUCGGGUUAAGUGCUCUUGCUGAUUGUAAGCGUCAAGAUGGUCUCCUCCACACUACUUGCGGUACCCCUGCGUAUGUUGCUCCUGAAGUGAUCAACAGAAAAGGAUAUGAUGGUACAAAAGCAGAUAUUUGGUCUUGUGGGGUGGUUUUGUUUGUUUUAUUGGCUGGUUAUUUGCCUUUCCAUGACUCCAAUCUGAUGGAGAUGUACAGGAAGAUAGGGAAAGCAGAUUUCAAGACCCCAAGCUGGUUUGCUCCAGAAGUGAGGAGGCUGUUGUGUAAGAUGCUUGACCCCAACCCUGAAACUAGAAUCACUAUCGCAAAAAUCAGGGAGAGCUCUUGGUACAGGAAAGGAUUACAUAUGAAACAGAGAAAGAUGGAGAAACGAGUCAAUGAGACGGUAAACUCCGUGGCAGCUAAUGGUGCAGGUCCAAGUGAGAACGGAGCCGGAAACGGAAACAAUACAGACGAGCCUACAAGUCUGAACGCUUUUAAUAUAAUUGCCUUGUCCUCUGGGUUUGAUCUGGCAGGACUGUUUGGAGAUGUGUACGACAAGCGAGAAUCUAGAUUCACAUCUCAGAAACCUGCUUCGGUGAUCAUAUCUAAGCUGGAGGAGGUGGCACAGCGGUUGAAACUGAGCAUAAGAAAGCGAGAAGCAGGUUUGUUCAAACUGGAAAGUUCAAAGGAGGGAAGAAAAGGAGCCCUGUCGAUGGAUGCGGAGAUAUUCCAAGUGACGCCAACGUUUCAUAUGGUGGAGAUGAAGAAGUCUAAUGGAGAUACUCUCGAGUAUCAGAAGUUCGUAGCGGAGGAUCUUAGACCUGCUCUGGCAGAUAUUGUGUGGGUUUGGCAGAGCGACAAAGAUGAGCAGUUACUUCCUGUUUCAAAGCAAGAGACAGAGCAGCAGGAGGAGCCAUUGUAG